CUGCAAACAGACGGAUGCAGACUUGGAGUCUGCGCUGAGUGAACUGCUGCGCGUUUAUCACGACCGAGCCAAGCCAGGUGCUGGGCGUUGAGGUGUGGAACGGCAGGUUCCCGGGGGCGGGGGGUCUGCUGCUCCCGAUGCCGCUUCCCCGCCGCUCUCCUGAGAGCUCCAUCAUGCGAUGCAUUGCUCUGAAGAGCCUCAAUAAUCAUGGUUGAGACAGCUUCUGCAUCAAAGUUCUCACUAACAGAUUUCCACAAGGUUCUGCCGUCUUCAGCAGUCAAUAGUUUAGGAUGGGUGGAGUCUUUUCCGAUACAUUAGAGAGUCAAAUGUUAAUGAUGGAAAUAAUGUUAGCAUCACUGCACUGAAGAGAACAACAGAAGGAGUUAAAAGUGCAAAUAACUUAUUGGAAGUAGAGAAAUGGCUUACCGGAAAGUGGAUCAGAGAUUUGCAUUGCACACUCCGGAUCUGGAUACUGAGGAGCUUCCAGUCACUUCUCUGGAAUUAGAAUGGGACAUGGAAAAGGAACUGGAAGAAAGUGAAUUUGAAGGCUUUGAGCAAGAUGAUUCUAGGCAGCACCAUCUGGCAAACACCACUGGAAACAAUGAGCUUGACAUUGAAUUUGUGGAACCUUCAGCAUCGCCACGGGGAAGAUUCGAACGCUUAGAGGAAGAGUGUGAUUUUGCGGCACAAGCAAGAACAACACCAAAAACUCUGCAGAGCAGCUUUCCUCAGAAGGCAAAACUCCUUGUUGCAGGGAUUGCUAUAUUUAUUUGUGGUAUUCUAAUAGGUUACUAUGGAUGGAAAGGUACCUCAGAAAACAUUUUGGAAAAUAAUGUAACAUCGACAACACCACCUGAACCCUCAGCUGCAGCACCUGAUAAUAGUAAAAUCUCUCAGGAUGUCCUUCAAGAAAUCGAUGGGUACAGUAUCAGGAAAUUUUUUAGGAAUUUUACAUUACUUGCUGCUGAGUCAAGCGAAGGGGGACCUGUGACACAUAUAAUGCAGCAGUGGACUGCAUCUGGUUUAACAGAAAUCCGCUUAGUGAAUUAUACAGUUCUUCUCAGCUUGCCUGAUGCAGACCAAAACAAAAUCAUUUUGAUGAACAGCAGCCAGUGCUUUUAUCCCAGUGGCCAGCAGUGCAGUACUCUACGCUCAGCCCCACGUGGGACAAAGGAGAAGAAUGACCUUCUUUAUUCCUAUGCUGCAUAUUCUGCCAAAGGAUCUCUGGAGGCGGAGAUCAUAGAUGUACAGUAUGGAACAAUUGAUGAUUUGCUCCGACUUCAAUCAAAUACCAAUGUUACCAAAAAAAUUGCACUAAUUAAACUUGGACAGGCACCUUUACUAUACAAGCUGUCUUUGCUGUUGGAGGCUGGUUUUGGGGGAGCUUUGGUCUACAUCGAUCCCUGUGAUUUACCCCAAAGGGAGAAGAUUGGCAAUGAAACAUUUUGGCUUUCUCUAAACCCUGGAGGAGAUCCAUCUACUCCAGGAUAUCCCAGUGUUGGUGGAAGCUUCAGAGAGCAUCGCACAAAUCUCACAUCGUUGCUGGUCCAGCCAAUUGCUGCAUCUUUGGCAAAAUCACUUCUUUCUUCCAUUGAGGAGACAAACAGAAAUAGAUGUAUUCAUCUCACAAAUUCAAGUAAAGUCAGAAAAACUAUCAGGCUGGAAGUGGGCAAAGUCUCCGAAUAUAGGACGAUACAGAAUAUAAUUGGCUCCCUGAAAGGAUCCAUCAACCCAGAUAAAUAUGUUAUUGUUGGUAGUCACCAUGGCAGCAAAGAAGAAAUGUGGACCAGCAGCACUUCCACUAUUACUGAAAUAAUCAAAGCUAUAAUGUCCCAAGUUCAGAAGCGGCAAUGGCGACCAAACCGGAGCAUUUUAUUUUGUUCCUGGGGAGGAAGUACAUUUGGCAACAUUGGCUCAUAUGAGUGGGCAGAGGAGAUGGAACACAUUCUACAGAAUAAUGCAGUGGCUUAUAUCAACCUAUUCAAACCUGUUGUGGGAAAUGGAAGCCUGAACACUGUUGCAUCUCCUUCACUUCGGCAACUAGCAACUGAUGUUAUAAACAAGAUAUUUUCUUCAAAUUGCACAAGUCAAGAACAGUGUACAGGAAGAAAGGUCAACUCAAUUCAGGUGGAAGGAAACAGUGAUUUCUUCAUAAAUCAUCUUGGAGUGCCAACUGUUCAAUUUGCAUAUCAAGAGACAAGAGCAUCUUUGGGACCGAGAUUUCUGUCUGAAGCUCUUGUGGUUCAUGAUGCCUCAAUAGCAGAAGCUGUAGAUCCUUUCUUUAAUCUUCAUGAAACUGUUGCUAAGUUAACAGCGGAAAUGAUUCUGCGUAUAGCCAAUGAGCCAGUACUCCCUUUCAAUGUUUUGGAUGUAGCCCUGGAGGUUCAAGAACAACUGAAAGAUGGAAGUAUUGCUUCAGAUCAAAUGCUGACACUGGCCAGUGCCCUGAGAGAAACUGCACAACUUUUUCAAUCAGAUGAAAUGCGCCCAGCUAAUAAUCCAAAGGAGCAAGACCCUGCACAUCUGAGAAUGUUGAAUCAUGUGCUGCAAAACGUAGAGAAAAACUUCCUCGUCCAAUGGGCUCCUCCAGGAUAUUUUAGAAAUAUCCUGUACCACCUUGAUGAGUCAUCGAAUCAGUUUUCUAUCUUAGAAGAAGCUCUUAACCACUCAAGACUUCAGCAGUCAAACCAAACUCUAUCUUCAGUUCUGUCUGUUGUGAUGAACAGCAUUAGAUCUGCUCAGGUUUAUUUAAAAGCAGGUUUGGAUGUAUUUGAGAAUAUUCAAAAUCCAAAAAAACAAGCCAGUUUGUAGAAAUGUGCAAUGGUUAAAAGAGGGACGUUUUCCUCCUCAAAGAUACAUUCCUGAAAAAGGUGGUGUCCAAAUUUGCCAAAGGACUUGCAGUUACUUACAACAGGAAUUGAAAAUGGUGCCCAUUUCAAAUGAUAAAAGUACCAUAUGAUGGUGAUAUUCACUAACAAGUGGCAGUUAUUACAACCCAGCUGAGUCAGACUCAGCAUUUGCGGUCAUAGUUUAAUGAUAUAAUGGCAACAGAUAAUAUUAAUGUUGAAAUCAGGUCAUAGGAUGACUAGAUAUUUCCAGUCUUCAAAGGCUGUUAACUUCCAGGUUGUAAAGUUUUGUAUAAAGAGAUCUACAUUACUAGAAAUAAUUCAUUCAGUCCAUUUUUUAAAAAUGACCAUUGGAACCAAUGAAUGUUGUAUAAGUGCUUAAUUAUUUCAUUAUAAAAUACCUCAAAAUGGGCAAUUAAUGAAGUGACAAGGUCUUUUGAGAUUUUUCUUUGGUUAUAGAAUCAUAAUGUGCCUUCCAGAUUGAAGUGUAUGUUAUCAUGUGUAUGAAGAGUAUUAUUCAUUGCAACCUGUGGAAUAACGCCAUAAAGUGGCAUACGUUUGUAAAGUCAAUGUUUUGUAUAAAACAGAGGAACCACUUAUUUUUAACUCAACAAGAACAACAGGUAAAAACUAUAUUUUUUCAAAUUAAUCUGCAAAAGUACACUAUUGUGAUAAUAUCUGCUGUAGCUGAACCAUUAUAUUUUGACAAUUGAAUGAAUGUUGAGAAAAUGAAUAUUCACAACAUAUUUAAUUUUUUAUAUCAGAAAGUACAUACUCAACCUAGGUUGGAAACAACAAGAAGAUAUUUUUUUAUUCGAUAAUGCCCAGUUUUUAGAGUAUUUCUGUAACACUUCAGUAGUGAGUUGUGUUCAAAAAUAUUUCAUAGUUGCAGUGGUUGUCUUCUAUUUGUUAAGGUUGAAGUAUAUACAUUUCCUGUUGUGAAUACAUUGAAAGGUCACAAAAGCUCCAACUGAGAACUUGCAUAAGACAGAAAUGCCAUCCUGCCAAUCUGAUUUCCUACAGAACUGUGGAAAAAUAACUGCAAACAAGCUCUAACACGCAUGCCAAUGAUUUUAAUGUCCUCAUUAAAAACUCUCAUCAGGGCAACAUUGUGAGAUACGACUUUUGCAUUCAUCAUCAUCUUGAUUGCUGUUAUUAAGUGCUAAAGAGAGAUAUUGACAGUUACUGGUCUGAAAUUAUGAUUCUUUUAAUACUUCCUGAUGUCCAAAAGAAGUUAUGCAUCUCAUAAACGUUAUUGAAGAAUAAGUAGUCAUGUAAUGUUUGGAAAAUGAUAAAACCAUUAACUUCAAAAGGUAUGUUUUUCCUUAGAAUAACAUCUUGCGUAUUAGUAUAUGUUUCCACAUGGAAUGCUUAUAAGAAUGAAAUGACAAUUUAAUGUUCUCAAAAUCUCAUGUCAUUUCUGCUUAUAGUUUCAAUGUCCUAGGCUAUUAUCUACAUUUUAGGUUACAAAAUGUGAUGUAAAGGCAAGUGAGCAAAUCUGAUAUAAUACUGCAAUGAGAUAAUUAGCAAAUACUGCAAACAGAAUGCAAUGCAUGGCAUUAUUGCCUCUGGUACAUUAUUUUCUCACACAGAAAUAUGUGUGAGAAAAUAACGUGCUAUACAGAAAUAAUAGUGCACAUCCCUAACAUUGCAAAGAAAGAACUUGAUAAAGUUAUUGGAGAAUGAGAAUGAAUAAUUAUGUGGAACAAAUACAAUAAAAUUAAAUAUAGAAUAUCUACAUUACAAUACAGUACAGAGAGAAAACUAUCAAAAGAAAGUUUGUGCUGUAUAAUUUAACUUUACAAUAUUAUUUCCUGUCUAUUAAUAACAUAAGACAACUUUCCUCUGCAAUAGUUUAAUAUCUACUUUAACGUAUGUGUAAUAAAUGUAUUUGUUUAUUUUGAAAAAUUGGCUUUUAAGGAAAUAGGUAUUACUACAUUUGACAAAAACAUUCUGAUAAUAUGGACAAUCACAUAGAAAUCCUCAAUCUGACUUUAUAAAUUGGCAGAAUGCAAAUUGGGAAUGAGCAUGUGUUGCAGUUGUAUAUUAUAUGGUAAUCCAUGUUGCCAGUACUCAUUACAGGACUAAAAUUAUUGCACUAUAGUCUUAAGCCUCUUUUCUUCAAGAGUAAGGAAUUUACUAGAUUACAAUGUCUUCUUCCUAUAUCUGGGGAAUCCCAUUCUUUUAGGUACAAGAUAAAGAAGACGCAGUAGACAUUUUUCGCAUCCAGUCUUGCCACAGGAUUCCUUGGCUUCUUCUUCAAACAUAACUAAACCAUUGUUUUUCAUUAAUGCAGGGCCAGGAACAAAUUUUGCUAACUUCCCAUAUUAUUCCCAAAAAUUUGCGAAAUCAACCUUCUAAAACUAUUUAUCAGACAUGGCUUCAAGUAGAUCUCAGUAAAUAUCCUUACCUUUCACUACCCAGUAGGACUGGAGGUCUAUAUUUUUGAAUUUUUUACCGUUUCUCUCCACCCCACCCCACACCAUUUGGAUUAAGGAUAAUCUGUAGCGCACACAGGAAACCUGAUCUUACUUGUGUGUUAUUCCUUUAGGACAGGUAUCUUCAGGUGUCUCUUCCAAAAUCUGAUGGUAGAUCUUUGAUUGGUCAAAAAGGCUUGACGACGUAUGCAUGGAUAAUCACCUCUCCCCUAUCAAUUUUCUUAUGUUAGUAAUUCAGACAUCAGAAGACAUUUGUUCAUGUUUGAAUAUCGGAUUGCACUCCUGUUGAUGAAUGUGUAAUUUUUAUUACAAUCUGUAGUACAUCUAGAUCAACCCAGUGCUAAUUUGUUUCGAAUACAAGUUUUCUACAGCCAAAACUUCUUAUUUAACAAACAAGCCAUUCAUGUUUUAAGAGAAUCAGUGAUGAAUUUGCAACUAAUGAUUAGAAUAAAUUAUCAAAAAAAACAAAAUAAACAAAAAAGUGUAAGAGAAAACUGUAAAUUGCAAUUUGCAAAUAGUAUAGUGCAUUCUACUAUUUCUGUUAUUUUUCAACCAAUUCUUUUCAUUAAGAAACAAAUACAGUAUCAUUAAGUGAUCUUUCAAGUUAUUCACAACUAAAAAUUCUGAUUCAUAAGCUAUUUUAUCUGUUACUAAUAUAUAAAAUCAGUGAUGGUGUUUCCCUCAUCAUUUAAAUCAAAUGAAUGUCUAGAAGAUUUCCUGAAAGCUGUUGUAAGCAUUCAUAUAUCAAUGUCCAGAGACAUAAUUUCUGGUUGUUGAUUAUAUUUUCUCAAUUACAUGUGAAGAAAAUAAUUUCUCAAUAUUUAUUUUGAGGAUUGUACUAAAGUACUUAUGUCAGAAUUCUCUACCAAAAUGGAAUGAGGUGGUGAAAUUUUAAGAAGUAGAAAUAGGGAUGUUAUGAAAUCAUUAUUGAGUAAAAAUGAUCCAGCUCUUUUGUGAACAUCUGCUGAUGGUAAAACAAUUGCUCAUUUAUAAAUAGUAACUUUACCUGUGAUAAUAAAAUUAAAAACUAAAUUUAAUUACAGAAGUAACUAGAUAAAAGUAAUUAUCUAAAUGUGACAAAUUGUAUCACGGAUAUCAUGACAAAAUUGACUCAUUUCUAUAUUUAAUAUUUGAAUAUGGUCAAGUCCUGGUAAUACAUUUAUCAUAUAUAGGUAAACGGCUUGAUUUAUGAUAUGUGGAAAUACAUGGAUAUUUGUUUCUGACAGAAAUCUUUUGUGAGAGGUUACUCUAAAUCUAAUGGAAGACAAAAAAUGAAUCAAGGGGGGAUUAAAUUUAUAAGGCUAGAAACUCAACAGGUCUGGUAGAGAGAAACACAAUUUUCAAGCCUAAGACUUUCAUCAAAACUCGAAGAUUAAAAAAAAGUAAUGUUCAUCCUGCCAGAGAACAAAGGGGAACUUCUUCAAGGUUGACUUUCUCACAAGAACUGUUAGACAAUGCUUUAAACAUGUAGCAGGGCAGGUAGUGUCUGUGGAACAAGAAAUAGAGUAAACAUUUCAGAUAUCAGUUCUCUUUACACUAAUGCAGUCUGAUCACCAGUUUCUGUUUUAUUUCUUAUUACUUACAUCUGCAGUUUUUGUUUUUGUUCCCCAGACAAGGUCACUGAGACAAACCUUAUUACUGAACAUAAAAUGAGUUGCCUAAUAACCACUGAAGGGCAGCUUAGAUGAAAUAAAGGUCCAUGAACAAAUUAACGUAUAAGUAGAUGCAUCUAGUUUGGGGUGUGUGGUUGAAGGUAGAAUCCUCUAUUAAAUAGGACAGUAAUGACUGCCUGGUAAUAAUUUAAAUCUCCAUUGAGAUGUCAUUCGCCAGUAUGAUGAGAGGUCUUCUCUAAACAGAUUCACGUGGAGAAUCAAACAAAAUUCUGCAGUAAAUGUAUAAUAUAAUUUACAGGAGGUUAUUUGACUUGCAUUUGAUUUGUUUGAGAAGCUUGUUACAGUUCAUAUCUAUCCUGCUGCACAACAAAAUGUUCCAUUGUCAAUCUAUGUAUAUUUUUGAUUGAAGUAUUUCAUAAAAAUGGCUAUUCCACUUUCAACUGCAUAUUGCAAGACAAAUGGGUUUGAUUUUCCAAAUAAUUCUAAUGGGGAAGUGUUGUUAAAUGACCAAAAAACAUGACAAUAAUGCUCUUAGUUAAGCAAGGUUUGAUUGAUUGAAUGAAUCUUUAUAGAAAUCUGAAACAUUUUUAAAAUGUACAAUGUGGAUGCUUUCAGAGAAAUAUGUGGUUUAUAAAAACUAAAAUGUAUAACAAGGUACUAUGGGGUUUCUAUUGUUAAUUAAACUUUUUUUUCAAAA